AUGCAGGGCGCUUUUGCCUUAUAUGCAUUUGUCACGGCGGCAAUCUCGCCGGCGCUCAAGUGGUUCUCGUUUCUGAGCUGGAAGCCUGUCGAGUACAAGAACAUGGAGGCAGCGAUCUACUCCACAACCGACAAAUACGUCCCGAACGAAAUGGACGUAGACAGGUGCAUUUCCAAUGGAUGGUGGGACCUAGCCAAGAAGAUCGUGCUCCUCUCGCACGAGGAAGGCGUCGACCUCUCGUACCGCGUCAGACAAAGCGUAGAAACGGUCCAGAAGCGGUCCAACGAGCUGCUCCAGCUGUUGAACAAACACUACGACGAAGUGGAUAUCGUCAAGGUCGCCUUCCAGUGGGCGGAGUCACCGCAUGAGGUGUUCCUGGCGGUGAAGUUUUCCAACAGGUGGACCAGCCCAGGGGCGCUAGUAGUGUCUGACGAGUCGCUGGUGAUACAGGGAAACACGCUCAAGUAUUCCAGCAUGGGCACCCAAUCUGACAAAAUGAAGAAGUACAUCUUGGAGCUGGAGCUCUACGACGAUGUUGUGAAAAGCGAGACCAGGGUGUCUCCAGUUUCAAUGGGGCGAUUCACCAUCACGCUGAAAAAGGCGCGCCCGGCAGUCUGGAACACGCUCACCAAGGGCAACGAAAAGAUACCCAACCAACAGAUAUGGUGGGACAUGAAGGACAAGCACCAGAUUGCAUGCGACACCUUCGUAGAAGAAAAUCCCGAGGAGAAAUCGGAACUUUAA